UUAUCGAUAUUUCAGUACGAAAGAGUGUAGACAAGAAACAAAACAGCUGUCACUCUACCGCCAUUUAUAUAUGACAGCGAAUUUGCGUGUGGACUUAAUAAUAGAAAAACGUAAAUUGAAGCGAGAAAAAUUAAUAAAGCUACUUGUUAGUAAAAAACAUUAAAAGUAAAAUGCAAAUUUAACGUAAACUGAAAAAGCAGAAAUAGUACGGUAACAACAGUAAUAUAUACAAUGGGUCUCGACUUUGAUGCGGUGGAAUAUUGUAAAAAGGUAAAAUACCAACAACCGCCGUACGCGUGUCCAGUAUCCAAGUGUGAUCGAAGCUAUAAGACAAUAGUAGGAUUGCAGUAUCAUUUACUGAAUUACGAUCAUGACAAUCCAACACCUAUAACACCAAUUUUGACUCCACAUAGGAAAAGAGCGCGCACCCGUGGUACAAAGCAUACAACACCGAAAGCAUCGAAAAACAAUACAGAGGAGAACUCGAGUUCUGCUAGUAGUGCACAUCAUGUUUCAAAUCCGGAAUCACUUGUAACAUACAAUGAGGAUGAACAAUGUGUAACAUUUAACAUACAUGGCAAAAGUGUCCGUUUGGGCAUAAAUACCGCAUUACCUUUCAUUGAUGCUGAAGAAUAUAAGGAUUUAGUGGAACGAGGUUGUGUUUUGAAUGCGGACGCGCCACCAUUAGAAGAAAAUGCGCCCUGGGCACAAGUCAAAGUGCCUGAAGCAGUGUAUAGAGAAAUUGCGAAUUAUAAUGUGCCUGAUGCGCCGCCACGACCGCUUGCCUAUUACCGUUUUAUCGAAAAAUCAGCUGAAGAGCUAGAUGGGGAAAUAGAAUAUGAUGUAGAUGAAGAAGAUACUGCUUGGCUUGAUUGGAUGAAUGGCGAAAGGGAGAAGGGUGGCUUGAACACAGUUUCUGUAGAUACAAUGGAAUUGUUAAUGGAUCGUUUAGAGAAAGAAUCUUACUUUCAAGCCGCAGCUAAUGGUACAGCUACUGGUGCUGAAGUUGACGAUGAUGCAGUGUGUUGUAUUUGUAUGGACGGAGAAUGUCAAAAUACGAAUGUAAUUUUAUUCUGCGAUAUGUGUAACCUAGCUGUUCAUCAGGACUGUUAUGGUGUGCCAUAUAUUCCUGAAGGCCAGUGGUUAUGCCGUCGGUGUUUGCAAUCACCUAGCACGCCAGUUCACUGUGUGUUAUGUCCAAAUACAGGAGGCGCUUUCAAACAAACAGAUCAAGGACAAUGGGCGCAUGUAGUUUGUGCACUUUGGAUACCUGAAGUGCGUUUUGCAAAUACAGUUUUUCUUGAACCAAUUGAUUCUAUUGAAACUAUACCUGGUGCACGCUGGCGUUUAACUUGUUAUGUGUGCAAAGAGAAAGGCAUGGGUGCAUGCAUUCAGUGCCAGCGUAAUAGUUGUUAUGCUGCAUUUCAUGUCACUUGUGCUCAACAAGCUGGUCUAUAUAUGACGAUGGAUUUCAAAGAUGGUCACAAUGAUUCAACACAUUUACAAAAAUCAGCCUAUUGCCAUGCUCAUACGCCGCCAGAUGCUAAACUGAAAACAAACCAAAAGGAUUUUGAAGACACUCGGCAGAAAAUGAAGGAAGCGCGCAAAACGCUUGCGAAAAAGCGUUCCACUGCACCAGUAGUUUUACUGCCAACAAUACCUCCAGAACGUGUUCAUGAAAUAUCGAGCAUGGUUCAUAUGCAAAAGAAAUCACAGUUUAUUGAACGCUUGAUUGCGUAUUGGACGCUUAAACGUAAAUAUAGAAAUGGUGUGCCACUGCUCCGUAGAUUGCAAAGCCAAGGCAAUCAUCAUUGCGUUAUACAGCGUAAUGGCAUUGAAGGCUCACCAGACACCGAUGAACUUUAUCGGCAACUCAAAUAUUGGCAGUGUUUGCGACAAGAUCUUGAACGUGCACGUCUUUUAUGCGAGUUGGUGCGUAAGCGAGAAAAGGUCAAAGCAGUACUUGUCAAAAUAUGUGAACAGGUGGUGAUGUUGCAAAUAAAUCCGUUAGAAUCAUCUUUAACUAAAUUGCUAGAUGCACUUGAAGCUAAGGAUACUAGUGAAAUAUUCAAGGAACCAGUGGAUACUAAAGAAGUGCCAGAUUAUUUGGAUAUUGUGAAAUAUCCGAUGGACUUGGGCACAAUGCGUGAAAAACUGAAAAAUAGCCAGUACAGUUCAUUCGAGCAGUUGGAAAGUGAUUUUGAUCUAAUGAUACAGAACUGCUUGGCUUAUAACAAUAAAGAUACAGUUUUUUAUCGCGCAGGCAUACGAAUGCGUGAUCAAGCUGCACCGCUAUUCGUGCAAAUUCGAAAAGAUCUUGAGCGUGAAGGCUUGGUAGAAAAUCAGAGGGAACAACGUGAUCAUGUGGAGAUGGAGGUAGAAGACGAGCUUAAACAGCUAUUGGCAUCGAAGCCAUGUGAAGAGAUAAUACAGAAAUUACUUAUAUUGGCGGAUAAAUCGCAAGUAUUAAAGAAUCCAGUAUACCGUACCAAGAAGAUUAAACAAAUACGCGUAGAAAUAACGCGUAUGCGUAAGGCCAUUCAAAAGGCUAAAACUGCCGCACGUUUUUCGAAUUCAAGUAUGCAUUCUCAAACCGAAGAAGAGGAUGAAGAAAUGGAUACUGAUGUGAAAAUUAAUGAUAAAUACAAAUCACACAGCACAAACUCGAAGCGUUCAAGAAAGACACCUGCUAAUUCAAUGAUAUUGGAUGAAGACGAAACUAUGGGUGAUGAAUCAAAAGAAACUUUACAAACAACACAAACACCUCCGUGCAGUCCGAUUAAAAGUCUUAAUAAUAGUGCGUCGCCAGUGGGCGUAAACAGAAGAACCGCAGUGCUGUUUACACGUAAAGCUCAGGCAGCAAAGAAACGACCGUCAGAAACAACGACGCCCGUGAAAGAAGAAACAAUUUCAUCACUCUCAGCUACAUUGUCGAAUAACAAUAAUGCAAAUGCCACGAAUUCAGGUGCCGCCAUGGCAGCGUCGCUGGCAACAACGGCUUUAAUGUUAAACAAUAAGCUAGGUGUGGGCCAUAUAAGUUCAUUAAGUGCUAGUUUAGGAUUAUCAUCGUCUGUGUUAACUGGUGUAAAGUCGCCAAAAAGAAAUUCACGACACAAACGUCUUUCGGAUGUGCGAAAUAGCGCCUCAAUGUCACCGAAAAAAUCACCAAAUUUGUUACCACCAGCGGCCAUAUCAACCCCGACUGCGAGCGCCUUAACCUCAACACACAACGACUUAGGUUAUAAUCGUAUACCAGACAGCUUUCGCGUGUAUCGUGCAAAUACUGAACGCGAUGUAAGUGAAAGUGAUGACGAUGAUGUCAGUGAUAUAUCAGGCAGUCCGUGCAGCUCUUGUUCGGGUAUUAGCAUGAGUGGCUCUGGUUCUGAGUAUGAUUCAAGUGAUGAUGACGAUGACGAUGAUGAUGAAGAAGAUGAGGAAGAUGAAGAAGAAGAUGAUGAAGAUGAAGCUGAUGGUGAAGAACAGUGUGAUGAUGAAAUAAAUGAAAACAAUACUGAUCGUAAUAAAGACGUAAUAGCACCGGAAACAUCAAAGGACAAUGGCGAAGCUAUGAGCUGCAGUGCAGACAGUGCCAGUGACGAAGAAACAGUAAUAAAUACAGGUUAUAAAAAGACAAAUAUUAAAACGCGAACGUCAACGCCUACAGGUAGAAGAUCACGUGCAGCGUCGCGUUUGAAACAGAAAAAUGGCACCAUAGCCGAGGUAGCGCCAGCUGAACCAAUUCAAAAUAAUAUCGGUGUUGUAACAAAUGCAAAGACUCGUGCGGCAAUUAAGCAAGCAGCCUCCAGAGCGGCUACACCAACUGUAGCUAAUAUUGUAAAUAAUUCCAGAAGUAAGAAAAACUUAAAUAAUAAAGCAAAAUUAAAUAAUAAACACAAUACAAUUGCGCCCACACCGUCACCUGUCCCUGCCGCUAAUGAGCUAUUAAAACCGCCUUUAGAACCAUUGCAACUAGUAUGGGCUAAGUGUCGUGGUUAUCCCUGGUAUCCAGCGUUGAUAUUAGAUCCAAAGACACCGAAGGGUUUCGUUUAUAAUGGAGUACCACUGCCGGCGCCACCGCCAGAUGUGUUGGCGUUGCGUAAAAACUAUACUGAAGAUGAGUUAUUCCUAGUGCUGUUCUUCGAUGCCAAACGCACUUGGCAAUGGCUACCCGCGAUUAAGCUCGAAAUAUUAGGCAUUGACAAACAGCUGGACCAGCAAAAGUUGGUUGAAUCACGUAAGCCUACUGAUCGUAAAGCGGUAAAAAAAGCUUAUCAGGAUGCAUUAUUGUAUCAAAGUCAAGUAUCAGAUUUAGAGGGGCAGGGACCAGAUCCGAUUAUGUGAAAAUAAUUGUAUAAUGUUUAAGUACAGAUUAAGUUUUAUAAGCUACACUUUCCAAUCUAAUGCCUUAUGCUUAU